UUUCCAAAAUGGCGGCUUUGUCGCGAAGAUUCUUGCAGAAUCCGUGUUUUCUUCUUUAUUCGAUGCAAAGAAGACUUGUGACCAAAGUAGCGUCCGAUCAAGAGGCAAAAAUGGACAAGAAGAGCAAGAGAAUGGAAAGCAGGAAGGAAAUAUUCAAAGAUAUCCGCAAGGGCUACUUUUACGACUUCCAUGAAUUUCGUAAGCGCGGUGGAAAGAGAUUCUUUGCUUUUAGUGAGCCUAGUGAAUUGAAGGAUUCACAACUCUUUCCUGCAUUGAAGGCAAGAACACUGUCUCAGAAAGAAGUUGAUUUACAGCAAGAAUUUCCAGGUCAUGUAACACUGGUGUUACUGUGGAUCAAAGCGUAUGGAGAGUCUAUGUGUGACAAGUACAGACUCCCAUUUGUGCAACACUUUCAUGGAGAGCCUCUCGCACAGUACUAUGAGAUAAGUGCCUUAGAUGGUUUUUUCUUCAAAACAUUUAAAGGAGUAAUUGAAAAAAAUUUAAGGAAAGAAAGGCCUGCAGACAGACAUGAUAACUACCUCUUCUUUAGUGGUAACUUAAAGCCCAUCAAGAAGAAAAUCAUGGAGAAUGAAAUUGUGGGACAUGCUUAUCUUGUAGACUGUAAUGGGUUAAUAAGAUGGAAGGCACAUGCUAAUCCUGCUGAGUUGGAAAUCAAUCACAUGUUGGACUGUUCACAACUGUUACUUAAAGAGGCAAAAAGAACUCUUAACUCUGAAGACAAAGUUCCCUGGAAUAGCAGAUGAUAAAUGUUGUGAUAAUGAUGCUAAUUUUUAUUCGAUGUAAGGAGUAGCUUGGUUUUCAGCCCACAUGUAUGAACAUAAUUGAGAGCAAGAUAUAAAUGAAUUUUUUAUUUUCCACAAGUUAUGAUACAUUUUGUGUUGAACUUACUAAAAAAAUGUAAAUUUAAAGCCAAGCCAUCUUGAAUCAAAUAAACUUAUUAUUCACAACUUUUAACUAUUUAACCACAACUGCAAGCUCUAAUUGAUAAAUAUAUAAUUAUUAUUAGUUGUAGUAGUGGGUCAGGCAAUACUGGGAACUAACUAGCUAACUAACUUUAUAUUAACAAACUAUAUUACAUUACAAAAGCUGAUGAUGGAAAGACACAAAUCUGCUGUUGGUGAAAUGUUCAACCUCAAGCUCUUUGUAAGGGUUAAAUAAAUUCUUCUUAAUUUUCUCCUCUCAGUAAACUAUCUUCUACUGUGCCAGACCUGUAGAUCUUUCCACAAUAAUUGCAACUGUGGAUGUCUUUCAUCACAGAGAAGAGAAAAGUUGAAGAAUAAAGCAACCUGCUCCUUAUUAUUAUAAAAACUGUUAGUUAUCUGUCAGCUCGAAACAUCAAGACACUUAUCAAAACACAUGUUUCCAUAACAGCUGGGAAAGCACUGCAAAAUACAAUCAAAGUAUAACAUAAAUAUAGCGAUUACUGAAU